AUGGCUGAUCAAACCCCUUCUCACACCUCUUCUACCUCCGACACUCCAUCUGCAAAUCACCCACCCUCUGUUCUUCAAAACCCAGAUCCUUCUUCCCCCUCUCUUUUACAAACCUCCGUUGUUCAAAAUCUCGAUCCGUAUGCCAACCCUCUUUUUCUUCAUGCUGCGGAUUCCUCCAGUUUCAUCCUUGUUUCUGAGAAAUUGCAAGAAGAACGUAUCGAAAAUCUUUCUGAAAUCGGGAGUCUGAUCCUCUACCUGGAUGAGGCAGACGUUAUUUGGCAUACUCUGGAAACCCAAUACAAACAGAAGAACGUAUCGAAAAUCUUUAAUGUGGAGCAGAAGAUAGAGUCCCUCCAACAGGGAGCUUUAGAUCUCAACACGUUUUAUACGAAGCUGAACACUCUUUGGGAAGAGCUGAAAAAUUAUGAGCCAUACCCGAUUUGCUCUUGCGGCGGUUGCUCGUGUCACGCAAAUGCCCAGUUCGUCGAACUGGUUGAACGCCGUAAGGUGGUCCAGUUUCUGAUGAAGCUCAACGAAUCAUAUCAUCCUGCUCGACGCCAGAUUCUCAUGCUGGAGCCUCUUCCGAGUAUUUCCAAGGUUUACAAUCUGGUGUCUCAGGAAGAACAUCAACGUCAGGUUCGUUCUUCCUCCACUGACCCUGUCGUUUUUCAAGCCUCGGCAUCACGUUUUCCCAGGAGCAGAUUUACCCCUCUAUCUCAAGGGAAACCUCGUCCCGUAUGUGCACAUUGUGGCUUGAAAGGACAUACAAUUCAUCGCUGCUACAAACUGCAUGGGUAUCCGCCAUCUUCUCGAUCAUUUGGCUCAUCUCAGCCGCCUCUCCUGCCGACACCUAGGUCAGGUAUGGACUCCAACCUGUCAAACCCUGUUAAUCUGGUUGUUUCUGAGUCAGGCCUUCAGUCCAAGCCCAGUAUGACGUCUGACGCAUCACUAAGCACCAUGGCCCAGGCCCAAGCCUUGUUCGACAACUUUCAGUCUCAGCUUAAACUUCUAGGUUCUUCCUCCAAAAUUUCAGACUCGGUUGCUGUUACUGAAUCCACCACAAACCUUACACCAGGACCCUAUGCAGGGCUUGAUGAUUGGGAGGGGUGAGCUUUUUCGGAACUUAUACAUACUUCGGCCAUCCACCACGCCUUCUCUCUUUCCCUGCCUUCAUUUCCAGCUUUUUCAAUCUCUAGUGUUGAUCUCUGGCAUCAACGUCUUGGACACCCCUCUAGCUACAAAGUGCAAGCAUCAAGCACCUCUUCAUCUCUGUCUUUUGUUCCUUCAACAUCUGUUAAUACAGAUUGCAGUAUAUGUCCUUUAGCUAAGCAAAGACGAUCUUGUUUUCCUGUUGGUCGACAUUUGUCUCUAAAACCUUUUGACUUAUUACAUAUUGAUACUUGGGGGCCCUUUCAU